UAAGAGCAGACCACAUGAUGAUAUUGUGAGCUCAAUACAAGAGAUGGAGAUGGUCCUAGGGUGCAUUGAUUCGAAUGAGUCAGUCAUUCAGGGGAACCUGGCGGCCCAGUUCUACAAGCCGAAGGGGAGUUUUAACGGUCUGAAUUUCAAGGCCAAAAAAGAAAUGGAGUUGUCCGUGGAUGACCCAGAUAGUCUGGUGGAGGUGAACCUUCCUCCUGAGCUUCUAGAGGAGGGGGAGGACAACACUAUUAUGUUCUGCAUGAUCGAUGCUGUUGCACAAUUUGAGGAGCUGAGUGUCUCAGGUGGACGAAUCUAUGGGAUCAGCAUCUGUAAUAAGAAUAUCUCAGGGUUGAAUCAGCGCGUCAACAUCACAGUCAGUCUACCCAGUGCUGACAUAAGGGAAAACAAGGAGCCAAAUUGUACAUUUUUGGAUUUCUCAAGCAAUGAUUUCAAGACAGAUGGCUGCUUAACACAGUGGAAUAAAGCAGAAGAAAAAGUCAUCUGUUCCUGCAACCACUUGACCUACUUCGCUGUACUGAUGGAGCUCACUCAACGGGGCGCCACGCUGCUAACAAUCCAGUGCGGGCGUGCUAGCAGCCACGUGGCCGACCCGCUCGUCACCAGCUCACUCUCAGCAGCCGUCCUCAGCCUGCACUUUCCGCGGCGUCUCACCGCGGCACUCCUCCUCUCCUGGCGGGGCCCUAGGUGGCCUUUUCAACCGUCGACACUGUACCAAGCACCGGGGUUCGAGGGGGGGGGUCAGAUGAAGCUGCACCAACGCCACUCCGCUCUGUCGUUUCACCGACCAGGACAGACAGGCACCGGUUCUGCUGCAGCCAGACAACCGUUGCUGCCUCGCUCCGUUGUCCUGCUCUGCUCCCGGCCCUCUCCACUCCGUCAUGGACGCGACGAAGGCUUGACCCCCCAGAUGGCCAUGCUAUCGAACUCCACACAACAAACUUUUUUAAAGGCGCCGGCCAACAAGCCAACUAGAACGGGCGCCCACACAGCACGGUGCCUCUCAAACGCCCCCACAAGUUUUAAAGUUCAGAGUUCAGAGGGCCUUUCCGUCGAAGCUGCCCCACCGUCGCAGGCCAGCUCAGACGUGUCUAUGAAGAUCCAUAUGAAUUUGGCUUUAGCUCUGAUUCUGUUGAAUGCCCAUUUCCUGUCCAGCCCCUGGGCGGCCUCUCUGGCGCCCCCUGGUGGUUGUGUCUAUGUGGCCGUCAUGCUGCACUACAGCCUUCUGGCCACCUUCAGUUGGACGGCCAUCGAGGGCUUCCACCUGUACCUGCUGCUGGUGCGCGUCUUUAACAUCUACGUCAGGAGAUACCUGCUCAAGCUGGGCCUGCUGGGCUGGGGUGUUCCUACAGUGGUUGUGAGUUUAGUCCUGAUCAUCGACAGAAGUGUAUAUGGCCUUGUGACCGUCAUACCCCCUGGAAACAACACCGAUACCACACUACAAAUGUGCUACGUCAGCAGUGACGUGGUGAAGCUGGUGACCACGGUGGGGGGCUUUGCGCUGGUGUUUGUGUGUAACCUGGGCGUGCUGGCGGUGACGCUGCGGCUGAUGCUGCAGAUGCGUGAGAGUGAGAGUGGCGCCCCCUCUGGUGAGCAGCGGCGGCGCGGGCGUGUGUGCAGAGACGCGUGCUCGGUGAUGGCCAUCUCCUGCAUGCUGGGCAUCACCUGGGGCCUCGUUCUCUUCUCCUUCAGCCAGCUCACCCUGCCUGGCAUCUACCUAUUCUGCACACUCAACUCCUUCCAAGGCUUUUUCAUCUCCAUAUGGUUUUGCGUGUCCAGACUCUCCCCGAACUCAAAGAGUGAAAACAGCACUGAGACACAUAGCAUGCAAGGCUAGGACGAUGGAGUCACACACACUCAUAUAGGUUAACAUUUCAUCACCCAGUUAAAUAUACUAUCUAUAACCAUGGCAAUAGGCUAUUCUUAUCAUCAUAGUAAAAUAUGUUGCCCUAUUUUCUGAUGUUGGCCAUGUCCAGGUUAGAUGCAAGAGCAUCAUCUGACACACCUUGCAGGCUCCCUGCAUUUGUGUUGUCUGCUCAUUGUGUCCCAACCAUGUUACAAUUGUUUGAAAUGCAGUUUUGAUUCCAAGGCCUAGUGUAAGGUCUUCAUAAUAUCUUCUGUGCAAUUUUGAUUCCAAGGCCUAGUGUAAGGUCUUCAUAAUAUCUUCUGUUUUGAUUCCAAGGCCUAGUGUAAGGUCUUCAUAAUAUCUUCUGUUUUGAUUCCAACGCCUAAUGUAAGGUCUUCAUAAUAUAUUCUGUUUUGAUUCCAAGGCCUAGUGUAAGGUCUUCAUAAUAUCUUCUGUGCAGUUUUGAUUCCAUCGCCUAGUGUAAGGUCUUCCUAAUAUAGGGGC